AUGAGCUCCUCCCCCGCACCCCCGAUGACCGUCCCCGAGGGCGCUGAGAAAUGUACAAUCGCAGCCGGCUGCUUCUGGGGCGUCGAGCACAUGUACCGCAAGCAGUUCGGAAACAAGGGAUUGUACGAUGCGCGCGUGGGAUACAUUGGCGGCGACUCGAGCAACCCGAGCUACCGAGCCGUCUGCAGCGGGCGCACUGGACAUGCUGAAGCCCUGCAAGUCCUCUACGACCCCAAGCAGGUGAACUACCGCACGCUCCUCGAGUUCUUCUACCAGAUGCACGAUCCUACCACCGCGAACAGCCAGGGCCCGGACGUCGGAUCGCAGUACCGAAGCGCAAUAUUCUACCACGAUAGCGAGCAGGAGAAGAUCGCGCGGAACAUCACGUCGAAGGUCAACCAAGAGUGGUGGAAGGGGAAGGUUGUCACCGAGGUCCUGCCCGCGGGCCAAUGGUGGGACGCUGAGGCUUACCACCAGCUGUACCUUGACAAGAAUCCUGCUGGGUAUGAGUGCCCGUCGCAUUUCAUAAGGAGAUUUGCUCCGCUAUCGGAGUAG